UGUAGUCACUUUGACCUCAGAAGAAGCCGGAGAAUCCAUUUGCUGUUGUUAGCUAAGCCUCUGAAAGUUGUGUAACGGGGAAAACAAGAGCACACCGCCCUAGGGAGGUCUAGGGAGCAGUAACACAGAGGGUACCUCUCCUCAUACUAUAAAUACCAAUCAUUUUGAAGUUUUAUCCGGCAAAAAUGUUUUCACUGUCAACGUUUCAGCCUCAGCAGAUGAUACUGCCCCUCAGCCAGCUCAUCAAUGCCCUCCACUCUCUGAAGAGCUCAGCCACAGCUUCGGUCCAGACCCUGCACAAAGACCUUGCUCAGGACCACAGUUCAUUCCUAAAAGAGCCCAGCGUGAGUCUGAGGGAUCUCGGUCUGUCAGAGGUCAGAGCCAGUCAGCUAGAUGAGCUGAUCAGUAGGUUGCUCCCUACAUUGGGAACAGAAGAGCCUCCUACUGUCCCCUCUGCGUGGAGGACAAGUCAUGUUUCUGCAAACAGCUUCUUUCACAACAAGCAUGGGUUUUCACACAGAAGGUCAGGAGUUUUUGGCUCUCAGUUAUUCCACAGACAACACCACAGUCCUCUAAAAGACAUCUGCUCAGAGCUACAAUUUUUGCCUGUUUUAGUCCAGAGUCGAGGUUUUAAGACUUUUAGAACAAAGGCCAGACGAGCGGAGACUGGUUAUGACGGUCCUGUGGAGUCUGAGCCAUACACACCAGCCUUCAUGAAGGGAUUGCUUCAGAGGGAAAAGGGACCAGAGGCACAAUCACUGGACCAAGUGAUAAAACAAAGGAACCUUCCAGAGAACCAGCAGGAGGCUUUCAAGACUGGUUUCACUGAGGGCUUCAUGAGGUCUCAGGCUUUCACUCAGAGAACACAAGACUCGCUGAGGAGAACCAGGUUGAUCCUGCUGGUCCUCCUACUUCUGGGUAUUUACGGCUUGUCAAGAACCCCAUUUUUCUCCGGUAAAGGCUCCUUUUCUGAUGCUGUGAGAUUCCGCACCACGUCUGGUCUUGACUCAGCAGUCGACCCCAUCCAGAUGAAGAAUGUGACAUUUGAUCACGUCAAAGGAGUGGAGGAGGCCAAGAAUGAAUUGCAAGAGGUUGUCGAGUUUCUCAGGAACCCCCAGAAGUUUACCGUACUGGGGGGAAAGCUACCCAAAGGGAUCCUCCUUGUCGGUCCUCCGGGCACAGGAAAGACUCUGUUAGCACGCGCUAUAGCCGGGGAGGCUGAUGUACCGUUCUACUACGCCUCCGGAUCAGAGUUUGAUGAGAUGUUUGUGGGUGUUGGCGCGAGCAGAAUCAGGAACCUUUUCAAAGAGGCCAAAGCCAAUGCACCCGCUGUGAUCUUCAUUGAUGAGUUGGACAGUGUUGGUGGAAAGAGGAUUGAGUCUCCUAUGCAUCCUUAUUCCAGACAAACCAUCAACCAGCUGCUGGCUGAAAUGGAUGGGUUUAAACCAAACGAAGGCGUCAUUGUCGUCGGUGCUACAAACUUUGCUGAGGCUUUGGAUAACGCUUUGGUAAGGCCAGGAAGGUUCGACAUGCAGGUGACGGUCCCUCGGCCAGACGUAAAAGGACGCACAGAAAUUCUCAACUGGUACCUUUCCAAGAUCAAAGUGGACCCGGCUGUUGAAGCAGAGAUCAUUGCCCGGGGCACAGUGGGUUUCUCGGGGGCAGAGCUCGAGAACCUGGUCAACCAGGCAGCCCUGAAGGCGGCCGUGGACGAGAAAGAAAUGGUCACAUUGAAAGACCUGGAGUUCGCCAAGGACAAGAUCCUCAUGGGCCCCGAGAGGAAGAGUGUGGACAUCGACAAGAAGAAUAAAACCAUCACAGCAUACCACGAGUCCGGCCAUGCUAUUGUUGCCUAUUUCACCAAAGAUGCGAUGCCCAUCAAUAAGGCCACUAUCAUGCCCAGGGGACCAACACUUGGCCAUGUGUCCAUGCUCCCUGAAAAUGACCGCUGGAGCGAGACGAGAGCCCAGCUGCUGGCUCAGAUGGACGUCAGUAUGGGCGGCCGAGUAGCAGAGGAGCUCAUCUUUGGAGACGACUACAUCACCACUGGAGCAUCCAGUGACUUUGAUGGAGCAACUAAAAUAGCCAAAAUGAUGGUGACCAGGUUCGGCAUGAGUGACAAGCUCGGUGUCAUGACCUACGGUGAUGUGACCAAGCAGAGCCCUGAGACACAAGCUGCUAUCGAACAGGAAGUCAGGGCUUUACUGAAGGACUCCUAUGACCGUGCUAAAAACCUCCUCAAAACCUACAGCAAGGAGCACAAGACGCUAGCUGACGCCUUGCUCCAAUACGAAACUCUGGAUGCCAAAGAGAUCCAAAAGGUGCUGGAGGGCAAAUCGCUGGACAUCUAAGAUACCUCAGUAGAUAUUUUAGACUCUUGUGUAUAUAUAUAGAGGAAGCUGUGCAAUCGUGCACAGGCCUUUUGGAGGCCUUGUAUUUCAUUUCUUUGUAUUCUUUUUAUCAGUGUGAAGAGGGCGCUGAAAUGACUGAGUUAAACCCUUAUACAUUUUGUUUUUAUUCAUUUUCUUUUCGUCCCAUUUUCUGUAGAGAAGUUUUAUUUUCACAGCAGUUUGAAAGCACUUCACGGUUUAAGUGGAUGAUUUGUGUACGGGUUGCAAAUAUCUGGUGUUUCAUUGAGGUCUUUUCAAAGACAGAAGAAAAAGACUCCUGCAAUAGUUUUAUAUGUCAGAAUCAUGUAUGAUUACAAAGGUAGAAAGGUAAUGAAUUCAAUAACGAUCGUGGUUAAUUAAGGUGAGAUUACACCAUGUUACUACAUUUGUGUGUCUGAUCUUUGUCCAGACAUCGUAUACACCGUAGGACCUUAAAGCACCUCAAUCCAGAAUGUAACGUUCCGCUGUAGCAAAAGUCCAGGUCAUACCUCUGUUCAGUGUCGAACAGUCCAUGCACAGUUUGUCCUCUAAAUUGUGUCUCUCAGUUACAUCUACCUAUGCUUUCUAUUGUGUGUUCUUCUUAUUUAUUUAAGUGCCCAAAGACGUGUUCUCUCUUCUUUUUUUUGAAGCUAGUGAUAGGCCUUCAUGUGGAAUUCUAAGCUCAUCUGUAACAGAUCAAUGAGGGUAAAUGUGUAUAUAUAUAUUAAGUGUGUUAAAGGUUGACAUUGUGCUUUUGUUUGUUUCGGCAGACAAAGGUCUUUGA